AUGUUAAAGGUGGAAAAUAUUCAAGACACCGAAACAAAAAACAUUACUACAGUACCUUGGCGUAAGAGGGAACAACUGGAUAUGCAUUUUAAAAAAGAAGACACCUUAGAAAUAAAACACUGGAGAAGAUCUCGACCAGAACAAAAUAAAGAUACCGAGCAUACAAGUAUGAUUGGAACCACUACUUCAACAAAAGAAGAUAAAACUAAAGAAGUCUUUGAACGUGGUGUCAUUGAAGAACAUGUCAAAGUUCAAGAAGUUGUUGAAACAAAGUUAUGGCGCAAACCAAAAACUAUUUCAGAAAAAAAAGAUUUACUUCAGGUUUCUACGCAUGAGGAUACCAAUAUUUUAAAGGUCGAAAACUUGCAAUCAGUAAAUGUUGAUACUACAAGCAGUAAACUAGAAACUAAAUCAUGGCGUAAACCACGGCUUGAAGAAUCUUUGGAAGAGGUAGGCCCUACUAAAGGUGUUAACGAGCCUGAAGUAUGUCAUUGGAGAAAACCAAAAACCUCAGAGAUUUUAAAAGAUAAGAAUGAAGAAGAAAUACGUGUUCAAGAGAUGAAAAAACAGAGCACGAAAGCUUUGGAAGUUAAAGACGAAAGCAAGCAAAAGAUUCCAUGGACUCAAGAAGCAAUAAAAUUGCGGCCAACAAAGGUUGAAAAAUCACCCAUCGAAAAAGAAAAGAUCGAAGAUGUAGCUUUGAAACCAGUAAGAAAAGAUUCUUUAAUGGAUGAAAAAUCAAGUGAAAUAAGUGAACUUCAGAACGAAAGACAAAUAACUGAAAAGAAAGAAAGUCUUCAGGAAACUCAACUUCAACCAACCGAGAAAAACAAAUUACUUGAAAACAUUGUCUCUGAGGAAAGCAAAGAAUCAACUGGUAAAAGAAGACAGAGGGAAGAGAUUACACAAAAAGAGGUAGCUUUAAAGACUGUACGAAAACAAGAGGAAUUCACUGAAGAAAAAACUGAACAAAAAUCUCUGAAGCCCGUGUUAACAACAGAAAAAGAAUCAAAAGAAACAGAAGAUAGAAUCAACACUAAAGACACGAGAAAACCAUCAAUCCCAUGGACUCAAGAAGCAAUUAAAUUGCGCCCAACAAAAAUGGAAAAAACUCCGAUUGAAAAAGAAAAGUUUGAAGACAUAACAUUAAAACCAACAAGAAAACAGUCUUUGGUAGACGAAAUAACAGAGGAAGUUUGCGCAUUAAAAUCUGCACUGGACGACAUUGAGAAAGAAGAGCACAAACCAGAUAAAGUAAGCGAAAAUAAUGCCCCUGAGGAACGUAAGUGGCCCACCGGAAAAAGACAACCUAAAGAAGAGACCCCACAAGAAGAGGUCGUUUUAAAACCCACACGAAAGCAAAAAGAGCCUGAAGAAGAAAAGUCCGAGGAGCGUAAAUGGCCCAGUGGUAAGAGACGACCUAAGGAAGAGACUCCACAAGAAGAGGUCGUUCUCAAACCCAUACCAAAGCAAAUGGAGCCCGAAGAAGAAAAGCCCGAGGAAUUUCAACAUAAAGCGGUUAAAAAAGAAAAGAAAAUUGAAGAUGCAACACCUGAGGAGCAUAAAUGGCCCAGUGGUAAGAGACGACCAAAGGAAGAAACUCCACAAGAAGAGGUCGUUCUCAAACCCAUACCAAAGCAAAAGGAGCCUGAAGAAGAGAAGCCCGAGGAAGUUCAACUUAAACAGGUUAAAAAAGAGAAGCAAAUUGAAGAUACAACACCUGAGGAGCGUAAAUGGCCCAGUGGUAAGAGACGACCUAAGGAAGAAGCUCCGCAAGAAGAGGUCGUUCUCAAACCCGUACCAAAGCAAAAGGAGCCUGAAGAAGAGAAGCCCGAGGAAGUCCAACUUAAACCAGUUAAAAAAGAGAAGCAAGUUGAAGAUGUAACACCUGAAGAGCGUAAAUGGCCCAGUGGUAAGAGACGACCUAAGGAAGAGACUCCACAAAAAGAGGUUCUACUUGAGCACGUGAAAAAACAAGAAGAAAUAGAUGAGGAAAAAAUUGAACAAAACGUACUGAAGGACGUCUCAGAAACAGAGAAAGAAUCAAAAGAAAGAGGAGAUAAAAUCCAAACUAAAGACACGAGGAAAUCAUCUAUUCCAUGGACUCAAGAAGCAAUCAAAUUGCGACCAACAAAAGUUGAAAAAUUACCAAUGGAAAAAGAAAAAUUGGAAGACAUAACACUAAAACCCAUAAGAAAAGAUUCUAUGUUAGGCGAAAAACCAGAAGAAGCUAACACAUUAAGAGCACUAGUGGACAAAAUCCAUACAGAAGAACAAGAACUCAAAGACAAAGAAAGGGUACAGGAAAUCCGAGACGAGCAAAUGAAAACAGACAAACCAGUAGAAGACGCAAUGCCUGAGGAACGCAAGUGGCCUACUGGUAAAAGACGACCUAAAGAAGCGACUUCACAAGAAGAGGUCGUUCUCAAACCCGUACCAAAGCAAAAGGAACCUGAAGAAGAGAAGCCUGAGGAAGUCCAACUUAAACCGGUUAAAAAAGAGGGUAAGAGACGACCUAAGGAAGAGACUCCACAAGAAGAGGUCGUUCUCAAACCCGUACCAAAGCAAAAGGAGCCUGAAGAAGAGAAGCCGGGAAGCAGUCGGUUAAAUAUUACAAAAUUUAACAUAGAGUUUAAAAAUAACCAUGACUGUUUUACAGAAUUAACUCCACGUAUCAUUCAGCCAUUAAAAGCCUUGAACGUGUUGGAAGGUGAAAAUUUUGAACUGGUUGUUACUUAUACACCAAGAGAUAAGAUUCCAAAAUGGUACCUCAACAACCAAGUUCUAGAAGAUAAUGAUAAUUUUGCUAUUACUACACAACAUGGGGCAUCUAGGUUGCAAGUAUACAAUGCCAAUAAAAAGAAAGUAGGAAAGUAUGAAGUUAUUGUUGAAAAUGACAAUAUUCUAGCAAAAACAGCAUGCUCUGUUAAAUUAACGAAAAAUAUAGAAGAAAAUACUGUCUUACCCCCCGUGUUUGUGCGAGCUCUACAGCCAAAUAAAGUUUCUUUAGGAACUAUUGUGCUUUUGGAAACCGAAGUUGUGUCGAAUCCCUGUGCUUCGUUCCAAUGGUUUAUUGACACUAAUGAAAUAAAUUCGCUUAUAAAACAAAACAAAUUAAGUAAUGUUUAUGUAUCUCAUAAUGAAAACGUUUCAUGUCUUUGUAUUGAAAAUAUAAGCAAAGAUCUGAUAGGAGUUGUAACGUGCCGAGCAGAAAACUUUGCAGGCUCUGUUUCUACAUCAGGAAGUUUGAUUUUAGAAGAACAAACUUGUAUAGAUGGGGAUGCUCCUUUAGUAUUAGCUCCCCUAGAAACUACGACUGUUAUGGACGGGGAACGGAUUUCGUUAAAUUGUAAAAUACUUGGUCGACCGUGGCCCAAAAUAGAUUGGUUUCAUAAUGAAAAACUUAUUGAAACAGCAAGAGACAUAACUAUUAGCCGACAAAAGUCUGGUCUUUGUGAAAUACAUAUAAAAGAGGCAUUCCCAGAAAUGGCAGGAAUUUAUAAAUGCACAGCAUCAAAUCAAUUCGGAAAAUGUAGCACGGAGUGCAUAUUAAAUAUAGAAGAUAAUAAGGUUAUACGUACUGAUGAACGUUUCAUUAUUGAAAACAAAGAAAAUCGUACCACAUGCACAAUUAAAAAGGCAACCAAAGACUUAGAAGGCACAUAUACCUGUAAAGCUGUUAGCGACAUUGGUUUAGCAGUAACCAAAGCGAAGCUGCAAGUUUUCCAAAGAGGUUCCAAAAUUAAAAAAGGAAAAGAGACGAAAGAAAAAGUUACCAAGCAAAAAGUAAUUAAGAGUGAAGAAGAAUCUGUAGGUGUUGAAGAUACCCUUGAUUUUGCUACUGUUUCUGAAGUUCAAGCACUAGAUAAACAACAUUCUACAGACAAAGUAAAGAAAAGAAAAGCAAAGAUUGUCGUGAGUGAAUCUGAGCAUAUAGAAACUGAAGAUAUAGCACUACAAAAGAAAGUAGAUGAAAAAACAAAAGGUAUACCAGUCGAAGAAAAAGCAAAACCAAUUUUGACUACACAUGAACACGUAGUUUUAUCCGAACAACAAGAAGGUGAAUCUGUUGAACCGUUUGAUGAAUCCUACCAAACGCAGAAGGGUAUCAUUAAAAUGGUGGAAGCUGAUUCAAACCUUGUAGCUGAAGUGAAUGAGUUACUGGAAGUUAUUAACGCAAAAGAAUUUGGACCAGGAGAGACGCCUUUACGAGAGCUUGCUAAAAUUGGUUAUUUGUUAAGACGAGGUAUUACGAUUGAACAAAUAGAGAGUUUGUAUGAUUCACAAUACUUCCCUUCUCUUCUGAUUCCUCAGUCACAAUCAGCUCUAGUACAAUUAGUUGAAAGACAAGGUCACGGAGCGUUGAUCACUGAAGUGCUUACAGAAGAGACGGCACAAGAUGAAGAUAUUAUUGCCGCCAAAGUAGGUUUUAAAGCUUUCCUUAAAAUGGUCGAAAUGAAGCAUUCUUCUGUUGAGGAAGUUAUUGCUCAGUUUUAUCCAGAAGAUUUUAAGCCACGUUCCUGGGAACAAAGAGCAGCAAAUGAGGUAAAUAAAAUCACAGAUAAGGUAGUAAUAAUACAAAUCUCAAUCAAUCAGCCAGUUCAGACUUUUAUCCAACUUGUACAUUUCCACCUAAUACACUUUACUAUAAAUAUUACAGAUAAAACAAAAAUACAGAAAAAUAUUAUCGAAGAAAUUGUAAAACAAGAAGAAUCGAGUCAAAAAGCAUUAAAAAUAUUGAAACCUUUACUCAGUGAAGAUUGCAAUGAGAGUGAUGAAGUCCAAGAAAUUCACUCUGAAACUAUAAAAUAUAUUAAGGAAAUUGCCACGGAUAUACCUGAUACUAAAAUUGAAGUAAUUCCUGCUAAUGAAGCCAGUAACAUUUUACUAGAAAGACGAGAAGACGUUAAAGCUAACAUAAAAUUAGAUACUUCUUUUCCAAUUAUUGAAAAUGUGCAACUAAUUCAAGAAAAAGAAGAAUUUCUUCCAAUUAAAAAGUUUCCGCAUAGCAAAAUAAAGUCAACUGUGACAGAAUCUGAAUCGUUACAAGUAACAGAAGUAGAGCCAGCAGGAGCUAUAAACGAAUAUUUCCAGAAUUCGAGCAAUGCAACUGAAAACAUAGCUAACCGAAAAAUAAUUUUGUCGGAAAACAUUAUUACUUCCGAAACUCAUGCAGCUGGGAUACUGGAUGAUUUAGAUACUCAACAUGAAAAUAAGCGUAUGGAAACAGCAAAAUCUACUUUAAUUUUAAACAAUGCAGUAAACGUCUCUCAGCAUAUUUUACCCACUGAAGAAAGACCUUUAGAUGACUUGAAAAUUAAUGCAUCAAGUGCAGAGAUAGCAUUUUCUCCACUCAUUAGUUUAAAUCGUAAAGAUGUUCUUGUAUCUAACCAACUCAUAACAGAAAUUCAUGAUGUCCAAGAGAAGGAAGGAAAUGUUUCAGAUUUGAAAGUACCUCCAAAACAGGAAGCUAGAGUAGAUAUAGCAAUAAAAGACAGCUUAAUUAUAUCAUUUGAAGAGCUAAAUGAAAAAGAAGGCCACCUUCCAGUACAGGAAAAGCCUAUACAACAAUCAGCCCUUAAGGAUGUAACUUUACAUUCAAGUCUUGGUAAUACUAUAACGACAACACAUAUUAAAGAAUCAGAUUUUGCUCCAUGUGAUACUCCUAGUAGAAAAGCAAUAAUAACCAUUAAUGAACACCUGCACCAAACUAAUUCUGAAACAACUACCGCUGAUUCAGAGACGAUACUUGAAAAAUCAAAACCUACACCUGAAAGUCAUGCCGACGUCUCUAUAACAGCAUUGGACAAAAAUACUGUAGAAGAAGUUGAUGUUCAUGAAAAAGAAUUUGAAUUAGUGAUUAAGGAGGACAAACAAAUGGUAAAAGCUGAUGUAGAUAUUAAAUCCAUUGAACCAAUUGUCAUGUCCGAAAUUUUACAUAUCACGACCACUGAUGAAAUGGCUAAGCCUCAAGUAGUGCCGGAAGAGACCGCAUCAAAAUCUAUCGAAAUGACCAAGGCUAAAAUAAUCACUAUACCUUUUAUACAUGAAAAGGAACAAAAUGAAAACUUUUUGUCCAAAAAACCCGAAGAAUUUGAUACAUCUUUGAUCCCAGUUAUGCCAAUUACAGUUUUAGAAACACAACUGUCAGAAUCGGAAAAUAAACUUCAUCUCAAUAAAAUUCCUAGUAUUAGUCGCGCGGAAUUUACACUCACUCAUCAACUUAAAAUUCCAGUUAAACAAGAAAUUAAUACUACUGAUCAGAUAGAUUUCAUGACUUUACCUAAAGAGAAUACUGGAACAGCAUCUAUAAGCAGAGAUUUACAAAAGGAAAUAGCUGUAAUUGAAACCACUGUAGAAGAACAAUUAAAUAAGUUAGAAGAAAAUGAAAUACAACAUAACAAAGUAAAAACUGGUUAUAUUAGUAACGAAAGCAUAAAUGUGACUGAAAUAAUACCAAAUAUUCAUGAAACAAAACUUACGAUAUCUGAGGAAAAAACAAAGCAGCUUGCUACUUUGGACAUUAACUCAGAUCAUAAAUUAGCAAUAACUUCGGAGAUAAACCUUAAAGAAAGGUUGGGAAACCUUAAGUCCACUAUAAUGGAAACCGAGGAAGCUAAUUUAAUAUCAACUCAUCUACAGUCCAUACAAGUACUUGAAAACAAUAUUUUGGAUAGUCAAUCUACAUUAGAAAAUGACAUCCACCCGUCCCCUAAAACAAUUUCCUCUGAGAUUGUUCCGUCUCAGGAAAUCCUGAAUAUUACGGAGAUUGUACAACAUGAAAAAGAGGAGGAGUAUGAAUAUUAUAAGCUGCCUGACACGUCAACUGCUAACCCUUUUAUAACUGGACACCUAGUUGCUGUUUCAACAGAAAUAUCACCGGAUGUAGACGUAGGUGACACCGAUAUUGUUGUAGAUGAUGUUAAAACAGCUAAUGUCAAAAACAUAGCUUUUAAUGAAAUUAUUAUCAGUACAGUUGAUUGGCAUGAAAAAGAAGAUGAAAUUAAAACAACAUCAACACCAACAACUGUUACAGCUUCAGUAGGAUUAAACUCAAGUCAAGCAUUACAAAUUGAUGAAAGAAGUACAGAAAUAAAGCCUACAUCACUCAUACAAAAUAAAUUACCUUUUGCAAAAGCAGAACAAGAUACUGUGAUAUCAGAAGCUUUAACUCAACAGGAAAUUUUGGUACAUUCCUCUGAAGGAAUACUUUCCGAUAUAAACAAAAACCAAAGCGAAAUGCCAGUUAUAUCUGUCAGCACACUACAUCUACCACAAUGUGAUGAGAAGACACUUAUUGAAACAGAAGACUAUUUAAGAGACACGAUAUCACCAGAAAUGCAGCAUGCCGCAGUCGCUUUUAGAUCCCAGCAAGGCAUACAAACAUCCGAAGUGCUAUCACAAUCACAAAGUCUUGAAGCAUCUCAAGAUUUUGAUAUGAAGUAUAAAAAUGCUGUAUCAAAAUUAGAUGAAAAUUAUGGCAAAAUUGCUAAUUCUGAAGAAUGUACUGUAAAUCAAUCAGUAGGAAAAUUGCUCGAACCAGCUGUGAAACCGCAACAUUCUGACUUAAACGCAAUCUGUGAAAAUGCCCUUGAAAGAACCGAAAUUAUUUUUGGGGAACGUGAGAGAGAAUUAGAUUUAUGUAAGCCAUUAGCUUCCAAUAUUACCCCUCAUAUUACAGAAAUCCAUGCAGUUGAGACAAACUCUACAAUUAUAGCAGAAAAAGAACAAGAGUUAGUUUCACAGAAAGCACCAAAUGUUUUAGAAGCUUUUAUAGAAGUAGUUCCGCACCAGAGUGCUAUCGGCAUGGAAGUAUUAGCCUCGGGGAAUAUAAGCAAAUUGGAAAGUAAAGACACAAAGCUUGUAAGUGCAGAAACAACGCAGGAUAAUUUACAAAGCUAUGUUCAAGAAGAGAUAGUACACGGAGAAAAAGAAUUUGAAUUUGUGGAUACUAAGACAAUAACUGCAAAUGCUUCAGAAAUAAUUAUACAAGAAAAGGCAAAGGAAACUUUAGAAGUUCAACCAAUGGAAGCCGAAAAAGAUCUUCGAGCAGCAAUUCUAGAUUCCGAAGUCAAUGCCAAACUUGCUUUUAAUGAACAGCAAUCAUUACAAGAGACAGAAAUAGUUUCAAGUCAAGAAAGUCAGAGCUUUAGUAUUUCAGAUAUUAAUUUAGUAAACGUAUCUACUGGUCACGAAAUGCAAGAAGCAAUAAAAGAAUAUGAGUUAUUCAUUGGAGAGGUAGAAAAUACUUUUACAAUACCGACUGCGGAUGAGAAAAUUGGUACUGGUACGGUUGAAGAACAAAAACCUUUGAAUAUAACUGUAAUCAUUGCAAAUGAAAAAGAAAACACAAUACAGGAUACUCCUGUAGUUAAAAAAGAAACAACACAGCUUAUUAUUAAUGGUAAAAACUACGUCGAUGUAACAGAGGUAAUGUUUUCUGAAAAAGAACAAACUUUUCAUACUCACAAUAAUUUAGUAGAAGACAAAUCAUUAACAAUGACCAAAACUAUCGAAACUGUUAAUAAGAUCGUCCCUGACUAUAUGACAGAAAAUAACAAAGCUCAGGUAGCAAUAGAAGCACAAAAAAGCAUUGUAACUUCUGAAGAUUACCCUCAAGAAACCUCAGGACAAAUCUUUACUACUACAGACAAUAAUUUCAAACAAGCUGCUCUAAAUAUAAUUGAAAUGAAACAUGUUCAACAAACAGAAAUUCUGCUUCACGAAGAAAUAGGUAAGUUCGCUAAAAAUCAUGUUGAUAAUAUACAGAAGGCAGACGAAAGUCACAUCAUACUAUCUGAAAUAACUCAAAUAAAACCAGAUGUGAUAGAUGACUUACGUGACAUGUCUUCCGCAAUAAAACCUCAAGUUGGAGAAGUUUCAUUAGAAAUUGAGGCACAUAGAUGCUACGAGACGACAGAAAACAUAGCUCACGAAACAUCGUACUCCAUAACGCACGAUAAAAACAUAACCAAACAAGUUUCUGAAUCUGUUUUAGAAGUAAAACCCUUAGAACAAACAGAAAUAAUAACAAGUGAACAUACCGGGACUAUAACAGCUAAUUCAGUUGAAACACAAACAGUUACAUUAAAAUCAAUAGAAUUACAACCACUGAGUCAAAGUGAGGUUUUAGUCAAUGAAUCCGAAACGAAUUUAAUAGACAUUGACAGAAAGCUUUCACUAAAGGAAAAUGCUACUGUCAACUUUAACACUGCGCAAGGCUUAAUUGUAGAUCAGGUUCUAAAUGAGGAGAUUCCGUACGAUUUUCGACCGAGUAAUAAUAAGCCAUUGGUAGCUCAGCAUAAUAUAACUCCAUUAACACACAUCGAAUGUUCAGAAAACAUUGCGGAGGCACGAACUAAUCAAUUCACCUCUGAUAAAGUACAUCUUCAAACACCAAAAAUUAAAUCAACCGAAAUGAUACCCUUAAUAAUAACUGACACUCAAAGUAUGCAAAUGGAAACAGAAUUUAAGUCAUCAAAACCAGAAGAACAAAAAAUUAGAGAAAAUUAUAUUAUUGCUAACGAAACAAGUUAUUUCUGA